ACACAACAAGAUGGUAUAGGAAAUCGUAGAUUUACACAUUAAAACAAAACGGCCAUUAGACCCGUUAGGACGCCCCGGAGAGGUUAAGCAGCACUUAGCUGUUAUGUCAAACCCUAAGUUUGCAGUUGCAUUUCCAGGCAUGGCCACUAGGUGUCUCGGUUUUGCGGCACGCUUUCUUCCGAGCGUUGCGCGCGUGUGUUUUGCUUUCCCAGACACAAGUUGUUGUUUCUUUGUAGUUCACUCGAGCGCGGGCUGCGCCGCUGUGGGAUUUAAAACCUCAGCAGAUCGUAGCAGUGGAGCAUCCCGCACUGAUGUGUGGAUUCACGCGAUCUCUGCUUCAGUGUGUUUUUCCAGUGCACGCGGGAAAGGAGACGGGGUCUUGAGGAGCAGCCUGCUUGGAUCUUCGCUUCCACUGCCAACGACUCUUAGUGGGCUUUUUUUUAUUUUUAACAAUCCCAAAGAGCUUUUUUUGCCUUUCUUCAUUAAUAGCAAUCCAUAAAGCAAGAUUCUGCUCAGCCAUGUCAACAGCCCUGAAGCAAGUCUUUAACAAGGACAAGACGUUCAGGCCCAAGCGCAAAUUUGAGCCCGGCACGCAGCGCUUUGAGUUGCACAAAAAGGCUCAGGCCUCGUUAAGCUCGGGAGUGGACCUGAAAGCAGCCGUGCAGCUCCCUCAAGGUGAAGAUCUCAACGACUGGGUGGCUGUGCAUGUGGUGGACUUUUUUAACAGAAUCAACCUGAUCUAUGGCACUAUCUGUGAAUUUUGCACAGAGAAGACGUGUCCAAUUAUGUCUGGGGGUCCCAGGUAUGAGUACCGGUGGCAAGAUGACUGGAAAUACAAGAAGCCCACGGCUUUGCCUGCGCCACAGUACAUGACCCUACUUAUGGAUUGGAUUGAGGUUCAGAUCAACAAUGAAGACCUCUUCCCAACGUGUAUAGGUGUUCCUUUCCCAAAGAACUUCAUUCCGAUCUGCAAGAAGAUCCUGUGCCGCCUUUUUCGAGUUUUUGUUCACGUCUAUAUUCACCACUUUGACCGAAUGAUCUUAAUGGGUGCUGAGGCCCAUGUCAACACCUGCUACAAGCACUUUUAUUACUUUGGAACUGAAUUCAGUCUUCUAGACCGUAAGGAGCUGGAGCCAUUGAAAGAGAUGACAGCAAGAAUGUGUCACUGAUGAGCUGGCCCAAACAAAUGAUGAAACGUUUUAUUUUCUGGGAGAGACAGAAGCAGUUGAAGAGAACGUUGAUAUGGCGUUUCUAACACUCUCAGUAUGAGAAGAAAUAACGAGAUUCAGCAACUGUGCCAUGGUUUUACAGCUAGUAUCCAAUAUGGCAGCCCCAAGAGAUUUUUUUUAGCACACUAAAAAAGUCGGACAUUAAUCAACAAAGAAAACUGAGCCUUCGUGUGAAUUUUGACCAUGAAGCUCACUGUACAAAUUUGUACUAUGACCUAACUAAUGUAAUGACAUCUCGUACAAUCAGUCCAUCGGGAAAUAGAAAUAUUCAUCUGAUUUAUGCCAAUAUCUUUCUAAACAGCACUAAACUUAUUAAUGUUUGCUAUUUAUUAAACAGGGAGACGCAGCCAUGAGUCUUGUGUGUGAUAAGCACUAAUAAGUGGCAUGACCACAUAACUCACCCAUUGGCUAAUCAGGCUUCCCAACAAGAAACAACACCAACUGUGGAACUUUGGCUUCCGCACUUUAUUUGUGAACAGCAUUCUUGUCAUUAAGUUGAACUGGAAGUCUCUUGGAAAUGUUACAGUCUAUAAAUAAAUACAAAAAAAUAUAUAUAUAUAUAUGAAAAAGAGGGGAGUCCAGGUUGGAAAAGCCCUCUUUAAGGUGAAGUGUAAUGGGGUUGCUUCCAUCUCGUCAAUAAAGAGUGGUGAGCUCUGGGUCCAUUUUAAAAGAGCAUGUUAGCAGACAGAGUCAGGUUGGAGACUGCUGGACUGUAAAGGAAAGAACCUGUCAUAUCCUUGGCACCAGCUUGAAUCUCUGCAUAUCUUUGCUUUAGUUUAGUCCCUACAAACACAACCAAACUGCCACAUUCCCAAUAAGUAUUUAACAUUCUGUUCUUUAAGUUAAUACCAUAUAUUCCCAAAAAUAAGCCCUAGCACGAUUUUGAGGCUACUCUGUAAUAUAAGCCCUACCCAAGAUCGUCAGCUGAAAAAGUAGGGCGCAUAAGACUGGGUUUAUACUUCACGUGAUGCAACGCGUGUGCGUCCAUCAAAUUCUGAGGACACCUUGCCACAAUAUCUCUGAAAAGGAUGUGUAAUGAUUACAUCCAUAAAUCCAGGGAUGUGCCCAAUUGCUUGCUGGGAUUAAAUAAUUUCUAUCUGAGAGGGUAAAAAAACACACACACAGGCUGAAAAAUGUAACUUCAUUUUUCAAAUUUGAAGUUGCAUGGUUAAAUAGUAAUGUCUACAUUAUAGAGAAACCGAGGAUUUCUGAUCAGUAGUUAAAGCUGGCCUGUUGUAAGUGUUAUCUGCCAGAUUGUGACAAUUUUAAGAGGUGAUCUGGGAUCAUCCAUUAAAAGCCUCCCAUGCACAAGAUCAAUGCAUGCGACUAAUUCUGUCUACAGCCAAAUAAAUGGCAGCAGCUUUGGGUGUUAUGAAGGCAUCUUUGUACAUGCCAGCUGUUCCACUCAGUGCUCACAUCAGGCCAUUUAAUUUACUGCACCCAAGAAAUAUUUUAAACGGAAAUACGGGAACAUUGAAAGUAUUAAGAAUAGCACUGCCCGUCAUAAACAACAUCAUCCUCCACCAAUUUGUGCUGCAGGCGCAUGUUUGGCUGUGUGCAUUAAUGACAAGAACAAAUCUAGUCAAGUGGACACUCAGCACUAAGUAUAUAUAACCAAAUAAUUUCAUAUCCAUGAUUGCAAUCACAGCUGGGCUAUAGUGGGUCCCUAGUGUGCAUAUUUGCAGGCUUGCACCUGUCUUCCUGAACCAUAUUGUGCCAUAUACGGAGCAAAAUACAUUCCCAAUUUUACGGAGGAAAAGUCAAUAAAUAAACAGGUAAAAAAAUAAAAGUACAAUUAAAUGUGACAAUAAAUAAUUACAACCAACAUUAAAUGUUAGUAUAAAAGUGUGUAAUAGAAAAUAAUUUUGUUGCAUAUUUUUUAUGCAUUUAUUUAAUUAUUUCUUCAUUUAUUUAUUUCAGUGACACUUCAUGCAACUUGAAAAUAAAAAGUCCUGAAAUGAAAACUUUCACUUUUCAGAGUUGAGAGGGCAGGUAACUAGCGAGUUCAGUUUUUUUUCAUUGGUCAAUCACUGGCAGAUGCCCAGCGGUGGGCUGGCGCCCUGCCCGGGGUUUGUUUCCUGCCUUGCGCCCUGUGUUGGCUGGGAUUGGCUCCAGCAGACCCCCAUGACCCUGUAGUUAGGAUAUAGCGGGUUGGAUAAUGGAUGGAUAAAUCACUGGCAGAGCGGGAGUAAACCUUCAAGUGCCAGCAAGAGUCACAUUUACAGGAAACACUUCAGAUGCAGACGCCUAAUGAUUCAUUUGAAUUAAAAUGGCUGCUUUGUACGGUAAUUCUGGAAAACUUUUACUUGCACUCGUAUCAGACGUGCAGAGUCAAGGCUUCAAAUGAGUGCUUGAGCCACAGGGUUCCAAAGUCGAGCAAAGCACAUAUAUAAAAAAAAAAAAAAGUGUUUGGUAGAGACUACCCACCUUCUCAACUUUGACAAACGGAAAUGACAGUUUUCAUUUCUGGGCUUAUUUCUUGUUGUGUGGUGCAUCACUGAAAUAAGUAAGUGAAGAAAUAAUUCAAUAAAUGCAUAAAGAAAUUAGUAACCAAAACCUAUUUUGUUACAUUAAUACGCACAUUUCAUGUUGUUAUUAUUUAUUUAUUGUCCCAUUUUACAGUACUUAUUUGCAUAAUUACUUACUUAUUUUAGUUUGUUAAAAACAUUCUUUCAUACAUUUGUAGACUUCUUUUACUGUUUUUAAUUGUAAGUGGUUGUCUCAAGUGAGUGAGUAGUACAUCAGGUUAGAUUUUACUUGAGAAUUGUGCGCAAUUUAAAAAGUCAAUAAGCAUGUCAAAAAUUCUGAUCAUUGUCUAUCUGUUAUCUAAAUUUAAACAGCAGUCCUGGCCUGUCACUUUUCAGAACAAUGGGGAGCAAGACUCUUUUACACUGGGCUAUCUGAAAUACUUUACAUAUCUUUUCUUAAAACUUGAAGUGGAUGAGUUAAAAAUAGUUUACCUACACAGUAGUGCCUUAAUUAGUCACUCUACUGUAUUUCUGUAGCGGUGAUGUAAAUUUAAUCACAUCAUAUUCUUUUCAGUGUUAUCCUACAUGAAAUAUAAAGAAAAAUGUAAACCCUGUCAAUGAAGCCAAAUGUAAGAAAUAUUUUCCACUUUUUAUCAUCCAACUGAAGCCAGUAGUUUAUGUUUUCCACCAUCUGUGCAUUUCUGUAAUUGUUCUUCACUGAACAACUGUCAACUGCAGUUCUUGAGGGUUGUUCUGGUAGCUUCAGACAGUAUUCAGACCCCUUCACAUUUCGCUCUGUUCUAGCCUUUUGCUAAAAUCACUUGAAUUAAUUUUUCCCUCAUCAAGCAACACUCGGUGCCCCAGAAAGACAAAGCAAAAACAGAGUUUUAGAAUUUUUUUGCAAAUCUAUUAAGAGUGGCAGAAAAUCCCCACAUCUAGGUGUGUGAAGUUUGUUGCGUCAGACCUAACAAUACUUCAGGCUGGAGUCGCCACCAAAGGGGCUUCAACUAAGUACUGAGUUUGGGUUUGCACACUUGUGUCAAACUGAUAUUUCAUUUCUUUUUAAUAUAAAAAUACAUUUAAACAACUGCAGUGGGCUGGCGCCCUGCCCGGGGUUUGUUUC